CGUUGCUCAAUCCGGUCAGCAAAUUGAUAACCUCAAAACUAAAGUUAUUAAAUCUCCUGCAAAGUCAGAAUUCGUUUGGAAAGCCGCGAGACCCGCACACGGUUCCAAACCUGUAUUGAAGGAAAAAUUCGUGGAAAUUUACGAAAAAUUCUUCAAGGCACAGUAUAAUCUUUAUGCAUCGGGAGAUGACCCUUCGGAAGGGUUACCACAUUUUUGGGAUGAAUUAUUUUUACUCAGGGUCAAUUCAGCCUACUUGAUGAAACUCAUCUCCGAAACAUCACAGGAGAAGUUAUGGGCCAUCAAGGCAUGA